GCCAUCCAAAAGGGGCACAUCAAUCUCGUUCGUCCAGUCCCGAAGCUACAGUAAUUUCCAUGUCCCGCUUUUCACCUCAACCGUUGGAUACGGUAGUUUCAUUUUUCACCUUCCGCUUCCCCUUAUGGGUGCAUGACGACUGGGGCCGAGGGCGUGCGGGGCCGCCUCUGGAAGGCAGCGACGGCAGUGAGCUCGCGUCGCCCUGCGUGAGAGGAAUCUCUGCGACGGUGAAACCCUAGGCCCAAUCCCCGCCUCCGCCUCGUCCCUGGCUCCUCCCCUCCUCUCCUCCUCUCAUAACAAGCGGCGGCGGCUCGCUGCGCGCGCUCGCCCCACCGUCGUGCCUCCCCCCUCGCCCCUCGCCCCUCCUCCUCCGAGACCCCGAGCCGCCGUUGCGCCUCUCUCCCUCGACCUACCGAGCGCCGGAGGUGGAGGAGCAGCGAGGGGCGGCGCUGGGACGGAGGUGAGACCAGGAGCUAGAGGCGUGGCUGCAGGGAGGAGGGAAGAGGCGCCGUCCAUCGCUCCGCUGCGCCGGCGUGCGGCGAGAUCAAGAAGGAGGGCGGAUGGUUGCGGCGACCGGAGGCGCUGGGCGCGGCCGGAGACGGGCCGACGCGGGGCGGAUCUGCGGCGGCGACGACCGGAGGUGGCGGUGGCGGCGGCGACCGGAGGCGCCGGGCGCGGCCAGAGACGGGCCGGCGCUGGGCAGAUCCGCGCCGGCGACAACCGGAGGCGACGAGGACAAAGAUCCAGGUCGGUGCAUCUUCCCCUCGCUUUUCUCUCGCCACCAAGGGGGUGCUGCAGGCGGGCGUGCAGGGCGAGCUGUGGCGCCUGAGCGACGGCGCUGGGAAGGUGGCCGGCAUGAUCGGGUGGCUGCCGGAGAAGGCCGUCACGUUCGUGGACAACCACGACACCGGGUCGACGCAGGGGCUGUGGCCGAUCCCGGCCGACAAGGUCAUGCAGGGCUACGCCUACAUCCUCACACACCCAGGGCUCCCCUGCAUCGUAAGCAUCAUCUCUCCCUUUACAUAAGGCUCUCUCAGGUCUUCACCCAGACAUUCUUGUGACGUGUGUGCGUAUGCAAUGCAGUUCUACGACCACAUGUUUUCUCAUUUUUGUUUAUGCAGAUUUAUCCAAACCAUUGCAACACUUGUGAGGAGUAAAAUGGACAUUUUCCUUGUAAAUAUGAAGUUUGUUCAUCUCUACUCACUAUUAAUGCAUGAUAAAAAGAGAUAUCCAGUACAUUGUGAUAAACAAAACAUAGAUCAAAGUUGUAUCAGAUGCUGGGAACUGCAGUAGACUUUUAUCAUAUUAUUAUGAAUGUCUGCCAUUUUAUCAUAGUUUCAUGUAGACUCACAACACAGCAUUACAGCCUGGACCUAGAAUUUAGAUGUUUAUUUUCCAAAGUUAUUCAGAAAUUGUGUAGCUAAAAUGUAUCAAGCAGACAUGUUAUUCAAAAAUGUUGACCUUAUCUUGCGAGUUGGCCUAGCAAUCCCCGAAACGUUUGAUAGUUCUGCUUCCAAUUCUUUUUUCAUUGUAUCUCUCAUUUUCUCGAACAAAAUUGACUUAACAGGCUCCUUGCCAAUCCAUCGACAAAGUUCAAGCGUCAAACCCUUGGAAGAAGCCCGAACGUUCUGAUCUGGAUGAUCAAAUAGCUCAGGAAGCAUCUUUAGAAUCUUUUUGGGUGGUACAACCUUAGCUCCGAAUUCACUGGUAGGAAAAAAGUAG